GGACGUUCGUAUCGUAAAAUGGAGCUGCACUUAUUUUUGCAGCUUGUACAGGUGAAAGUUAACAUCAAGCGCAGGAAAAAUAGUUUGAUAAUUUGACAAAAAAACGACUAAUAUGUAACUAAUGGUUUUUUUUUAAACGACGAUGAACCUUAACGGUCUUCGUUAAUGUUUCCUUUUUUAUUAUGUCUGUAUUCCUGUACAUCCGCUAAAGAUAAUAAAUUAUUUCAUUUGUACAUAGCCUAAGAUAUUUAUUUAAUUACAACGGCGGUGUGAACAACCAAACAAAUUGGAUAAUGUGUUGAAUAAAAGACGAUCUUUGCAAAAAAAGGCGUGGAUGUCUCUCGCUGACCAAACUCUAUUAAUUUAAUGGUGUUUGAGUGAUUGAGUGUCAGUUCUCGACUGCUACAAGUGGCUGAUUGUCAAUGUCAAUGUCAAUUUAUUGUCAAUCGUUUUCAAUCAAAACAUUGAUGUACUUCUCAGUUUUUAAGAAUAACCUCUAAAUAAUCCUCAAUGAUUUCUCAAAGAAUUUUUAAGGAUUUUAAAUUAUUUUACUUUAUAAAUAGCGUUAGAAGCUAAACGUGACUUUAUUUCAUAAGUAUUAUACAGAUAAAAGAUUGUUAUGAUUAAACUGACUACAAACUAAUUUGUUUACUUUUAUGCAACUGUGAAAAUGCUGUGUAUUUCGCGACUGUAUGAACGCUGCUCACCGCGGGUUUUAGCACGAACUCGUUUAAAAGGUUCCCUAGCAGAUGGAGCUCCGGGUAGCAGUCCGCUUCGGCGGUUAUUAGAUGAAUCUAGUACAUUUGGCGAAGCAGCAGAAUCUGCUGAGCCCGAACUCCGGUGGGCCACACAGCCCUACGCGAGCCGGCCUCAGCGACGCGCAAGCUCGACAGAUACGCAUGUGGAACCUAGAGACACUACGGUGCUGUUGUUUCCGGGCCAGGGUUCACAGCAAGUAGGUAUGGGGCGACGUCUUCGAGAUAUUCCGGCUGCCAAGCAACUAUAUGAUUUGGCUUCAAAUGUUGUUGGGUGGGACGUGGCUCGCGUGUGUACCGAAGGUCCCGAAGAAGAGUUGUUGCAGCGCUGUCAGACUGCUGUAUUUGUGACGUCGCUGGCCGCGCUCGAGCGCGUGCGCGACGAGCGGCCGGCCGCCGUGGAGCGCGUGCGGGCCGUGGCCGGAUUCUCGCUCGGGGAGAUCGCCGCGCUCGUGUUCGCCGACGCGCUGCCGCUCGAGCGCGCGCUGCGCCUGGUGGAGCUGCGCGCCGCCGCCAUGCGGGCCGCCGCCGCCGCGCGCCCCGGCGGCAUGCUCACCGUGUGGCUCGCGCCCGACGCGCGCCUGCCGCUGGCCAUGCAGCGCGCGCGCGACCACGCCGCCGAACGGGGCGUGGACGCACCCGUGUGCCAGGUGGCCAACUACCUGUUCCCGGCCUGCAAGGUGCUGGCCGGGGACGACGAGGCGCUGCGGUUCCUCGAGGCCCGCGGCGGCGAGUUCGGGCUGAGACGCUGCGCGCGCGUGCGCGUGGAGGGCGCGUUCCAUACGCCGCUGAUGGCGCAGGCGGAGGCGGCGCUGCGCGAGGCGCUGCGCAGCGUGGAGCUGCGCGCGCCGCGCGUGCGCGUGUGGUGCUGCGCGGAGGCGCGCGCGUACGCGGACGCGGCGCACGUGCGGCGCGGGCUGGCGCGCCACGUGACGCGCGCCGUGCGCUGGGAGCAGACGCUGCAGGCGCUGUACGCGCGGCCGCGCGGCGCGCACUUCCCGCUCACGCUCACGCUGGGCCCGGGCGGCGCGCUGCGCUCCACGCUGCGCCAGGUCAACGCGCGGGCCUGGGAUGCUUCCUUACAGAUAGAUGUCUAAUGGACUUUGCCGAUGCCGAUAGAAUGGUUCAAUUCGAUCAUACGAAAAAUAGAUAAAACUUAACUACUUAGUACGAUUUGUUAUAAAUCUAUAAAUACAAAUCAGAAUUUUAUUCUUAAAA